AUGGACCCCAUGACCCCGCCGGGCCCCGGCUCCAACACCAGGAACAGUACCAGGACCAGGUGCGGGAUGGAGCCCAGAACCUCAGCAUAUAGGCAAACACUCACUGUGGUCCUGCUGGUGGUUGGCACACUGGUUUCUGUAGUGACCUCAAGCUCACCUGCUGCAGGUGAGCUGGACUUCAACAGGACGACUGAUCCUUCUUCACCAUCAUCCUCCCUUUCUCCCAGACCCUCACCCCCCAGCCACCCCCCAGACUCUGGAUACUACAGUAAUGGAGGUGGUGCAGGCUCGGCAGAGGACCCGGACUCUGGCGCUCAGGGGAUCCACCUCCUGCUUAGACCUCCAGACCUUCUGUCCCCCAGUCUACCCCCACCCCUCCCCCCACACAGCCAGCCCACCCUCACUCCUCCUCCCCCCUGGGAGCAGGGCCCCUCGCUGGAGGAGGCCUGGGGUUCUGGGGACUAUCUGGAGACUCUGUCCUUCAUGGUACCUGAAGGUGAGGAGUUGGCCCUCGCCACGCCACUGCCCAGUCAUCCCUACGACCAGGCCAAUGGGGGGGACUGGAUCUCUUAUGACACCUCCUUCCCUGCUCGCCCCACUCUCCCUCUGUCCUCCCGACUUCCCCUCUCCCCCUCCUUCUCCACCCCCAGCAUUCCCUUGCAUACUCUCCCAACCCAUCCGGACGUUUUCCCCACCUGGGACGAGGACUAUGACUUGGAGGACAUGAUGCCGCUGGAGCCAACGGAGCUGUUGCUGCCCGACAUGAACAGUCUGGAGUACUACACAAACCUGCUGGCCCGGGAGAGGGAGAGGGAGAGGGAGAGGGAGAGGGAGAGGAACAAAGUAACCCAGAAAGACUCCAAACCAGUCAUUACUCCUACAGCAACACACACCCACCAUCCUCCUGUAACUCCAUCCCCAAGCCCCACUCCUCCUCCAGGACUGGAACCUAAGCAUCCCCCAGCAAGGCCCACCCCUCCCCUCACCCUUUCACCUAUCCUUACAGGUGAGGAUGAGACACCUGCUCCAACAACCACCCCCAAGAUCCCUUCCACCCUGACUCCUCCUUCUCCAAAACACAAAGAGCGUGUCCCAGUCCCAGACAGGCAUCCUUCCCGACCCCCAUCCAACACCACCAGCUGGGUACCACCCCCUCCCCCGCUGGGACCGCCCACUCGCCCUGAGAGACCAGAGAGGCCCACAGUGGUCACAGAAACGCCAGCAAAGGCUCCUCCCACCAGGACCACAACCACCACUAAGGCUACGACGACAACAACCUCCACCAUCACCACCACCACCACCCAUAUCACAGCCAUCAGCCUGACCAGAGCCCCCCCAGUCACCACACCCAGAGUGGCCCAGACCCCACCCUCCAGACAGUACCUGUGCAAUGUCACUAAGCCAGAGAUGUACCUGGUCAGAGUAGUCAGCUCCAAAGGCUCAUCGGCUGGUUUCAGUCAGGUCCGAGAUCUUCUGAAGAGAGAGUUCAACCGCUCAGUGGAGCUGCAGUUCCUGAGAACUCCAUCCAGUUUUGCCUUUCGCGUUGUGUCGGGACCACUGAUCUUUACUGCCGUGUCCAUCAUCAACGCCCUUCGCAGACCACCAUCACGCUUCGGCCCCAUUCCCACCGUGUCACCGCUGUACACUAUACCUGACUUCAGGUAUCAGAUCCACUCUGUGCUGCAGUUUGUUCCCACCCACAUCGACAUCAGAGUCUGCAACUUCAGUGAGCGGGUGGAGAGAGGGCUCGCGAUGGCGUACGCAGAGACACGAAAGAGAUCUCAUGAGGCAGGAAAUGCCACCGUACAGUUGUUGAACAUCACCAUGAGUGCAGCCCAGCCAGCAGCGGAGCAGAAGGUACCCGUCGAGAUUACAUUUGCAGUGCGGGAUGGGCAGGGCUACUUGCUGGGGUCGGAGGUCAGUGAACACCUGAGGAAGCUCAGCCUGGUGGAAUUCAGCUUCUACGUGGGAUUUCCUGUGCUGCAGAUCGCAGAACCCUUCCACUACCCUGAGCUGAACACAUCUCACCACCUGCGCUCCACCUGGGUCCGUACAGUCCUGCUGGGAGUUCAGGAGCAGCUGGUGGCCGAGAGAAGUUUUAAAGCUCGUCUGGAGAGACGUCUGGCUCUGCUGCUGGAAGAGGGACUCCAGGAAACCAGCAGGAGGCGCUGGAGGAGAGCCACAGCUGUGGGCAACAACAGUCUACAGGUGGUGCGGGUCUCCAGUCUGUCAGGAGCAGAGCGCCCUCUGGAGGUCUCUUAUUUUGUUGAGGGUCCAGGUGGGGAGAGGGUCCCUGCUGAGGUGACGGCCGCCACCCUAAACCGCGUGGACCUUCAAAGAGCCGCCAUCGUCCUUGGACACCGAGUCCAGAGACCGCUGGCCCAACCUGUGGAGACCCUUUCCGUCCCUCCAGCGGAGACUCAGAGCAGCAGCAUCUGGCUGAUCGUCGGCGUGGUUGUCCCAGUCGUACUGGCCGUCUUUAUAAUCAUCAUCCUGUACUGGAAGCUGUGUGGCUCCGAGAAGCUCGAGUUCCAGCCAGAUGCCAUUAACACCAUCCAGCAGAGGCAAAAGCUUCAGGCUCCCAGCGUUAAAGGCUUUGAUUUUGCAAAGCUUCACCUGGGUCAGCACAGUAAAGAUGACAUCAUGGUGAUCCAGGAGCCCAGCCCACUUCCUGCCCCCGUAAAGGAGGCCACACCCUCUGAUGGCGGAGACCUCAACACCCCCAAAUCUAAAGGAUCAUCCACCAAGGCAGCACGGUCAAGCCGGCGUCGGGGGAGGCUCAGCCCAUCAGAUGGCGACUCGUUAGGAAGUGACCAGUCGAGCGGCAGGGAGUCAGCGGAAGAAAGCACCCGACCUGUGGCCACGCCCAGUGAGGGGAAACAGCACAGGAAGACACCCAAAAAUGGGAGGAGCAAGAUGGCUGCUCCAUCAGGCAGCGGUCCAGACGAACUUCUGUCAUCAUCCUCCAUCUUUGAUCACGUUGACCGUCUGUCUCGCGGAUCAUCUGACGGCACCCGUCGUCAGGCCAACAAGGUGCAGCUCAUCGCCAUGCAACCACGUCCAAGCCCGCCACAGCCGCAUGCCCCAUCUCAGCCAAGCACCUCCCUCACUGAAAAGGUCAAUACAGAGGUGGCGCUAAGGCACAAGUCAGAAAUUGAGCAUCACAGAAACAAACUGCGACAGCGUGCUAAGAGGCGGGGCCAGUGUGAGUUUCCCUCCAUGGAUGACAUCAUGGAUGCAUUUGGAGAUGGUCCUGUUCAGAGCGAGCGGGCACAGCGACUCUACAGCUCCGCCCACGACCACAUGGACUGCAUCCUGCAGGCUGACGCUGCCUCACCCCCAACCCCCACUGACUCCAGGAAAAGAGGGAGGCGCUCUCCUCGGAGUCGGCGGGCUCAGCCAGGACCUGGAAGUCUUCCUGACACAGACAGAGACCGGCUGCUCACUGAUCAGAGCGCCACCUACAGGAAAUACCCUGGACUCAACAACGUGGCCUACAUGGUGAGGCAAACAAAAUUUAACCAUCAAAUAAGCAAGUCGGACCCUGACCUGCCCCCAGACCACGGCAGUCCCUCACCCACAGACGAGGUGUUUGACCCAGCCCCGGCCCCGCCCCCCUACAUGCCCCCCCAGCCCUCCAUUGAAGAGGCCCGGCAGCAGAUGCACUCCCUCCUGGAUGAUGCCUUCGCCCUGGUGUCGCCAUCCUCGCAGGGCAGUGCCGGGGUAAGCGGAGUAAGCCCCGCCCUGCCCAGCCCCUCCCCUCAGAGCCGGCCCCCGGGCUCUUACCCAGCAGUCCCCUCCCACAGCCCCUUCUCUGCAAGAUAUGCAGAGCUGGGGAUGUCCCCCACCUCAGUCCAGGGCCUGCUGCAGAGACAGGGCCUGAGCUCAGGAGGGUAUGUGUCUACUGGAGAGCAGCUGCAGGAGUCAGUUUACUCCAGCAGGGGGCAGUAUGAGGACCCACCCUCCUCCUCUAGACCUCGACCUGUAGGAGGGAGCACAGGUGCACAGCUCCACCACCUGACCCAAGUGGGUCUGUCCAGUCAGAUUGGUGUGUACCCUGGGGUGGGUCGCAGCAUGUCAGGGCCCACUGGCUCCAGCUGGAACCAGCAGCACUCAGACCAGGACCUAUCCAGGCCAGGAGCCAGCAGAGAGAGCGUGCUGUCUUUUCCUGAGUUCUCCUCUUCCUCUGUUUUCCAGAUGCCCAGUUCCUCAUUGCGGGACCCAUCAGCUCCACCUCUCCUGCUGACCUCACCAACCCCCGAGUAUCCACCUGAGGACGCAUCACCAUCUGCCCACACCUCUGCCUCUCUUAUAAAGGCUAUCAGGGAGGAGCUGCGACGUCUAGCCCAGAAACAGGCAGUGACCAGCUACCCUUAACUGUUUGGACCUCUUUGGAUCAGGACUUAUUUGGUUUUGAAUGUUUUAAACCACAUAGAGCCUGAAAGGUCUGAGGGAAACUAACUGGUCUCUCUUGAGCUAAUGUACGUCUGUGCCGCUAAACCCAAAAAAGUCUGGACCACAAUCCAUGUCUGGAAACAAGAACGUGUCUCCUGAAGACCUCCGGUACUUUACAGGGUCCUGAAUUUUGUCUGUCUGUCACCCCUCAGCUCUAUGUUUCAUUAGACAUGAGUUUUACUCAUAUUUCCACUUAAGUGCUUCCUGGAGAGCAUCAUUCAAUGAUCAUCCUUCCUGAACUUAUUGAUUGAGUCAUUACUUUUUAAACAUAUGGAGCAGCAAUUCAUUUCUGAACUUCUGGAGUAGAUGGCUUCCCUUCAGCUUUCAGUGUGUUAUCCUGCCUAGAGGUCUUGAAGGUCUUGAUUGGCUUCUUAGUCUUCUGGAGUUCAGUCAUUGGAGGAGGCAUUCUGACCUUCUUGAGUUCUUGAGGGUUCUUGAGAGGAUUGGUCCAGCAUAAUUUCAGGGGACAGUUGCACCAGUUAGGUUUACUAAACCUAGUUCUAACUGCUAAGUCAAUCUUUAAGUUCAGUCUUUAGAGUGAACUUUAGGUUGGUUGUACCAACCAACCUUAAACCUAGU